GAGGGUUUGACGCACUGAAAAACUCUACGUCCUGCUGAGCCAAGAGGACUUCUCUGAGCAAAGAUCACUCGAGAAGGAGCCAGCUCCCGAGGUGACAAAGCCUCUCCACGGCGCUUCUCAUUGUUCUCACGUGGGGUUGGAGAGAAGGAUGGCACUGCUGUGGUGGGAGAUCUUCAUCGUGGUUUUCUUUGUGUUGGCGGUGCUCCUGCCUGCCGCCGUCAUCGCGUUCAAGGUAUACGCAGCGGGGGGGACGGUGGUCUGGCAGGCGCUCACCUUCUCUGUGAGUCUCGCGUGUGUGUGCGUGCAGCCACAGUGGGUGUUUUUCAGCAGGGGAGCGAAGAAAUCCAACGCCGAGACCAUCAAUCUUGUCAGGUGCGGUGCGUCCUGGAGAUGAGAAUGGCCGCGGCAAACACGGCCCCCACGCACACCCAUGAUGAUGUGCUUGACCAUGUGUCACUGUGUAUGUCUUGCUUGUCUGUGCGUGGCUGACAGGACCUUCAUGACGCACUAUUCCCUCCCUCUCGGCAUGGAUCCCUUGCACCGACAGCUGUGUCUCGCUUUCAUGGACCCCUUCGUCAAGGUGAGGGAGAGGUCACCAAGCCAAGACACGUGUCUUCGCCAUGUGUAUUGCAGACGGUAUACUCGUUGUUUGCCAUCCUCCCCGACCCCUGGAUGGUGGCAAUAUGCCGGGCGGUUGACGCGUUCCCAGGCAACACUCUCAGAUAUAUCCUCCACGCCAUUAUUGGUAGGCACAUGGGCAUAUCACGAGGGACACACACGCACCGGCAUCCGUCAAUCGUUUCCCUACUGCAGGCCGCACCCACCUGAUUGAUCAUGUAGUAACCGAAGGCAUCAAGCGUGCCGGCCUGGGGCGAUGUCAGUGGGUCUUGCUUGGCGCAGGUAACAAGACACGCUCGACAGACAGACAGACAGACGGACAGACGGACAGGCAGAUCGACGUACCGUCACCCACGAUUGUUGUCCUGUCCUGUCUCUCUGUCUGUUGCCAUGCCAUGCAGGCUACGAUAAUCGCACGUACAGGAUGGCCCCCCUGAGGCAGGCGUAUCAAGUUGCCACGUUUGAGGUCGACCAGGAGCCCCUGCAGCAGGACAAACUGAGGCGAUUGAGGAAGGUAGGUAGGUCGACAGGAAACCUGCUGAUGGGAUGGGAUGGCCCACGGCUGAUGUCGGUCGGUUUGUGUUGGUUCCUUCAUUCAGUGUGCGGCGGUGCCUCCCUCUGCUUAUGAGGAUGUCAAGUACGUGACAUGUAACUUCAACACCGAGCGCGUGCAGGACGUCCUCCUCUCCGCCAACUACCAGCCGGGCAAGCGCACCAUCUUCCUCCUUGAAGGCGUCUCCAUGUACCUCACCAAGGAAGGCUUCGCGCAGACCCUCGCCGCCAUCAAGGAGCUGUGCCCGGACGACUGCACCCUCACUUUCGACUACGUUGACGAGCGGGUCAUCAACGCAUACAACGGCCGCACCGACAUCGUGGAUCCCCCCACGCCCCCCCUCGGCAGCCCCAGGAGCGUCGAAUCCACCACACUCGACGAGGGAAUGAGCGACUGUGAGGAAGGCGCGAUGGUCGUCGACAAGAAGACGGCUGCGAGCAAGAAGGAGGAGGUGGCCAGCCGUGCGUCGACCCCCUUGACAGCUGAGGAGCGCCGGUAUGGUGUGCAGUACUGCUCGGUGCUCGAGAGGAACCAGACGCCCGUCACCUUCGGGCUGGACCCGUCGCGACUGGAGACACAGAUGGCUGGUGGGUGGGUGGGUGAGACAGGAGAACGAAGAGAGGAUGUCAUUCAUUGUGCCCACCUUAAUUGUGUCGUUGUGUGGGUGUGCAUUCAGAGCAUGGGUAUGAGAUCGUGCAGCACUGGUCUCCCGAUGAGCUGGCGCAGCAGUUCCUCAAGUGGCCUGGCGGCAAGGAGAGCAAACAUGGGGGCGAGAUCGUAUCACGGGCGUGCACCUACUUUUACUAUUGCACUGUCCGGCCGGUCAGGGGGAGUGCCGUGUGACACACAAACAACACGCGUGCGGGCCUUUUGUUCUUUCUUUCGAUCUUUCUUUCUGGAUGUGUGUAUGGCGACUCCUUUUUGAUGCAUACCCUGCCUACAUCCACACACACUUACUCGUAAGCGAGUGCAAGCUUUGGUGUUUUCUUCUUUCCUUUUGGGUCUUUUGGGGGGCAGAAAGAAUAGCCAGUCGAUCACGUUGAUGCAUGCUUCGUCCGUUGGUUGUUGUUGUGGUGCGCGUCUAGUGCGUGUGUGUUGGUUUUGGUCUUCUCUCUGUGGCGGUGUCUAUGCUGGAUGGAUUCCUGCUGAGCGAGGCGAGACAGACAACAUCUCUGCGUGUGGCCCAGUCAUGGCGUAUGUGUGUACUCACGUCACGUCUUGUACAGACAGACAGACAGGCUGAUGAUUCCCACGGCAGAGACGCAUCAUAAGGGCGUGGGAGAGGGGAAUAUGUAUGGUUUUCAUACGGUGUUUUCGCGGGAAAGGAUAUACGGAAUGCAAUGCGCCCAUUUGUUUUGUCAAGACCGGCCUGUGGCGUGUGCGCACUCAUUCCUACCUACAUGUGUUCUCUCUCCGUGUGUGUGGGUGUGUGGGGGGGGAUCUGAAUUUGAUCUUCUUGAUACCGUGAGCUUUGCGACGCUCGCAAGCGUAAGUUUGUUGGCCACAUAAUCCAUACAAGGACGGGUUUGGGGUUGGGGGGAUGGGAUAUAGAAAGACAGCAUGACGUUCAUGUGCCAGCCAGCCUACCUGCCUCACUGACACCCUGCCAGUAUGCGUCAUCCUGCGUGCCAGUUUUCCGCUUGUGUGUGUGUGUGUGUUUGUACGUGCCCCCUCAAGUUUGUUUUUGCAAGCCUUCUUUUCUUUUCGUCUUUAGUGGGGGUCUUCCUUUAUACGACAAAACAAUCAAUACAGUCAGUGGCUGGCAGGCAGGCAGGCAGCUUGGCCAGUCAAGGCAGGCGGACUAGCCAACUAGUUAGUGUCUUACAUCACUUAAGUACAUGUGUGUAUUGAUUGCAAGUGUGUGGUAGGUGUUCAUUCAUGUCAUGUCCAUGUCCGUGUGCAUGUGCUGCAUGUGAGUCUCGUGUCAAUCAGCAGACCCAUUCAUUCAUUCAUGCCAGCCAAUCGUAUGUAUGUACAGUACAACAGAGACAGACGAGCCAAAAGAACCCACCCACCAUG